ACGCAGAAGAGAAACAAAUUCCAUAAAGUACAGCCACGUCCCGCCCUUUAAUUCAGCCAGCUCCUCCGCCAUGUAACCACUGUCGGCAUAAACAACAGCGGUGCCUUUGCAUGAGCGCGUCCAUCCUGUGCGCCUUCACUGUCUUCUGCGUCCUCUACUAGUUUCCCCCCUGCCAUGCCCCGGGUGACCUCUCUGCUGCCUGCCCUGCUGUGUGUCCUCCUGUCCGGCCUGAGCAGGGGGUAUUUCCCCGAGGAGCGGUGGAGCCCUGAGUCUCCGCUCCUCGCUCCUCGGGUUGUCAUCGCGUUGGUCUGUCGCAACUCGGCGCACUCUUUGCCGCUAUUCCUGGGCACCAUUGAGCGGCUGAACUACCCCAAGGAUCGCAUCGCACUCUGGGUGGCGACAGAUCACAACAUAGACAACACUACAGCGCUCCUGAGAGACUGGCUCAUAAAGGUGCAGAGUGACUAUCAUUAUGUGGAGUGGAGGCCUGACGAGGGCCGCAGCUCUUUUGAAGAUGAGUUGGGGCCAAAGCACUGGAAUAAUCUACGUUAUGAACAUGUUAUGAAGCUCCGACAGGCUGCUCUAGACACGGCCCGUGAGAUCUGGGCCGAUUACCUCCUGGUGGUUGACUGUGACAACCUGCUCACCAAUCAGGAUGUGCUGUGGAAACUGAUGAGAGAGAACAAAACCAUUGUAGCGCCAAUGUUGGAGUCUAGAGCGGCCUACUCCAACUUCUGGUGUGGAAUGACUACUCAGGGCUACUACAAAAGAACACCUGCAUACAUGCCUAUUCGAAAGCAGGAACGCCGAGGUUGCUUUGCUGUGCCCAUGGUCCACUCCACAUAUCUGCUGGAUCUACGAAAAGAAGCCUCUCGACAGCUGGCGUUCUACCCUCCCCAUCCAGAGUACAGCUGGGCCAUGGAUGACGUGAUAGUGUUUGCUUACUCAGCGCGAAUGGCAGAUGUCCAGAUGUACGUGUGUAACAAGGAGACAUACGGGUACUUCCCAGUGCCCAUGCGCGCUCAUGCCACACUGCAGGACGAGGCAGACAGCUUCCUGCACACACAGCUGGAGAUCAUGGUGAGGAAUCUUCCGUUGGAGCCCUCUAGUUUCCUGUCAGUUCCUCCGAAGCAGCCUAACAAGAUGGGGUUUGAUGAGGUGUUCAUGAUAAAUCUGGUACGGAGACCGGAUCGCCGCGAGCGAAUGCUGAGGACCCUCUACGAGCAGGAGCUCAGCUGUAAGAUUGUGGAGGCUGUGGACGGGAAAGCCCUGAACACCACUGAUAUUGAGGCUAUGGGGAUUAAGAUGCUGCCCGGGUACAAAGACCCUUAUCAUGGCCGAGCACUCACCAAGGGCGAACUAGGUUGUUUCCUCUCACAUUUCAACAUCUGGAAGGAGAUAGUGGAGCGAGGUUUGCAAACUUCGCUGGUUUUGGAGGACGACCUCCGUUUCGAGGUUUUCUUCAAACGGCGUCUUCAGGCGCUGCUGCAGGAAGUGACAGUGCACAAGUUGGACUGGGAUCUCAUUUACAUUGGGCGAAAGCGGAUGCAGAUUGACCAUCCAGAGAAGUCUGUUCCAAACAUAUACAACCUGGUGGAAGCCGAUUACUCCUACUGGACUCUGGGAUACAUGCUGUCACUGCAGGGAGCCCAGAAGCUUAUCCAGGCCGAACCUUUAACCAAAAUGCUUCCUGUUGAUGAGUUUCUCCCCGUCAUGUACAACAAACAUCCAGUAUCUGAGUACAUGGAGCCCUUUGAGCCCCGGGACCUGCACGCUUACUCAGCAGAGCCCCUUCUGGUGUAUCCCACUCAUUACACAGGUGAGCCAGGUUACAUCAGUGACACAGAGACAUCUGUGGUGUGGGACAAUGAGACGGUCAAAACCGACUGGGACAGGGCUAAGUCCAGGAAGACUAAGGAACAGGAGGAGCUCAGCUUUGAGGCACAAAACUCUGAUGUGCUACAGUCAGAGCUGGAGAAGUGGAGCAAACGGGAGGAGCUGUGAAAUACGCAAUGAUACAGAAAGAAAACAACAGAAAUGUGAAGCUCAGACUGUGUGGAGGGGGCUGGAGAGAAAUGCCUCAAAUGCAUAGCAAUAAAUUUGUCUAUUGUGGAAAAAGUGAAUGUAUUUUAGUUCAAUACAAGUAAAGUUAACAAAUAUACAGUGUAAACUGUACUAUUUAUUUAAUACAUAGAGUGAUAUUUAGUAUUUGUUGUUCAGUAGUGAUAAUAAUGCAUUUGAAUGUAGUGUAUUACAUUCUAAUACACUACAUUCAAAUGUACCUAAUAGUCAGGGCAAUGAUAGUAUACACAUGCCAAGAUAAUAAAAGAUAAAUUAAGAAUAUUACUGCUAAUACUAAUAUUUCACACUAAUUGCACUAAAUCUGUAUUUUGCUUUACAGUGAACUACUGAUUUUUUGAAGAAUAUAAGAAAUUCAAUUCAUUAUAUUGCAGUACUAAAUUGCAAAUCAAAUCCACAUUCCAAAGUAUAAAAAAUCAACAAUAUUCAUAUUUAUUGAAUACUGCCUCUUUGUUUCUCCCAUUGUGCCCCUCACCCCCUCUGUGACAGGACGGGGUUAGAUAUCUUUUAACUCUUGACGAGUCAGCUUGAAGCACAGUUUUAUUUAUUGCCUUGGACGCAGAGCUCACUCCACGGUCUGACUGAAGCACACUUUUAUUAUUUUCAUAAUAUUUCAUCCCAGACUCUUUCCUCCUUUUAGGGUUUUUUGGCAUAAAGAUUGUGCACAGUCAGAGUUAGAAGUACUUUGCAUUCAUUACUCCUAUAAAACUCUCAACGAUCGCACAAUUUCACAUUAUCUGUGUAAUAGCUGCAAUUUGGGGUUUAAAAUGGAGUUCUAAAUAUGAAGAGAGCCUUUUACAAUUCAGUGGCUCAAUAAAGGUAGUCUGUAAAGCUGUCAGCAUCUUGUGUUGACCAUAUGGACUUUCUUUGUGUUUUUAAUCCAACUGCUGACUGGAUGGAAAGAUAAUAAAUUAUCCAAAUCACCUUUUAUGCUAGUUCAAACAAAGAAACAAUUUAGCUGCACAUCUAAAUUCAAAUAAUCUGCCUAUUUUAUUUAUUCAGGAGGAUUUAAACUCAAUUUCAGGUAAUGUGUUAUUUGAAAUCUAGAGUUUGUCACCGUGUUGGUGAUUAACUAAUUUUAACAUGUUUGUUGGCCAUUUUUAUAUUAUUUUCUAGAUUUGUGUCUUUUCUACAAGAGAACUAAUAAAAUGUUUAUAAUGAA